AUGUGUGGCCGCCACAACGGAACCGAGGACCUCCAGCAACCUUCCAACGCCAUGGAGACAAGACAUACCAGCGAAUCGUCUCCAGUUGUCCGUACACUACUGAUAGACAAUCAUGACUCAUAUACGUUCAAUGUGUACCAGUACCUCUCGGUCAUAAACGGUGUGGCUCCAACUGUUAUACGGAAUGAUGAAUUUAGCAGUUGGGCAAGUGCAAAGGCGAGCGUGGGGCCCGUACACAACAUUGUCAUCUCCCCAGGUCCGGGAACUGUAGAGAACGACCAUGAUUUCGGGGUUUGCCGUGAGGUCCUCAAGGAGGCCGCUGUUCCAGUCCUCGGGAUCUGCCUGGGUCACCAGGGGCUUGGUCAUACUUACGGUGGUAAGAUUCAGCGAAUACCUCAAGCGGUUCAUGGGCGCAGAAGCCCCAUUGCUUUCAUCGCGGGAUACGAGCUUUUCAACGGCGUUGACAGCGGUACGCACGUUGUGCGCUAUCACUCACUCGCGGUCGACAGGGAAAGCCUACCCCCUUGCCUCGAGCCAACCUGCUGGACAACUGAUGGUGAUAAUGUGCUGAUGGGAUUGCGGCACCGAGAACUACCGCUUCACGGUGUCCAGUUUCACCCUGAGUCAAUAGGCACAAGUGCUGGCUUCAGGAUCCUGGAGAAUUUCAGGGAUAUGACCCUGUCGUGGUGGCGCGCUAAGGGUUCACGCUGGUCGUCCAGGGAACCAGAGAUCUCUGUUCUCCAAGCUGCCCCGAUUCCGCCAAGGCACAGCAACUACCGCGCGUUGGUGCCAAGUGUGGAUAGUUAUUGGUCUAUCAAUGUUGCGGCUGUUGAUAUUUGGCAACAGGGAUAUCCACAAGGAGACCACACCGUAGAACCGGCAGUCGACUAUUUUCGGUUGUUCAGUGACGUGUUUGGCUUGGAUCCGUUUUGUUUCUGGCUCGAUUCCAGUUCGGCGGAUAUCGCAUGCGCUGGGGAACAGGCGCGUAGAUCUUAUUCUGGACGCGCCUGUUUCUCGUUCAUGGGCAGCGCAUCUGGUCCUCUGGGGGAGGUAGUUCGGUAUUCCCUCGAUGAAGGAGUGGUCAUAUCACAUUUGCACCCCACUGGUGUAUGUCACCAUUCUGUAAAGGGAGACAUCUUCUCCUUUCUUCGAGCUCGUCUCUCCACUUUCGGCAUAGCAAAGAACUCUUACGCACCUCGUACAACCGUGCGCAGGUGGAAAGCAAGUACUACGGCGGGCACAGAAUGUGCCCCCGAUUCGCACGAGCCACAGGUGAUUCUUCACGAAAUCAACGGACCGUCGGAACCGUGGACCCCCGGUUCCAUUCCUUUUCCCUUCCCGUGCGGCUACGCCGGCUUUUUUGGAUACGAACUUCGACAUGAGACCGGAAGAUACAUGGGGCCUGACAUGCAGGAAUCGUCCGUUCGGACAUCUGUGGCGCGUCAGUGCAGCGGGGUGCCUGACGCCGGCUGGGUCUUCUCAGACAGAUUGGUCGCUAUCAAUCAUGAGACUAAUCAGCUGUUUCUCUCGUGGCUGGCCCCAACGGUGAGGCGGGAGAAGUCAUUCCCAAGCGCCGGAGCAGCUGAUUCUGGCGGAGUGUGCCCGUGUGACCCGUGGAUCUUCGGUGGCGAUAUGGAAAGGGCCGCGGCAAUAUGCCAGGCCCAGCAGAAAUGGGCAGAAAGAGUUCUGCAAGCUAUCGCGUCAGCUGUGUACUUCACAGGUGCAAGAACUACUCCGAGUACUCGGCCCAUUCAGCACCCGGGCGUAACCUCCACCUCGACGGCAAAUCUUGCUUUUUCCCCCCUAGGCCAGGGUUCCCCCUGCUCCGGAGAGGACGCACCAUUGCCAUGUGUGCCUAUGACGGAAAAGGAGUCCGAGCUGCUGCGUUCCAUGGUGUCUGGGACCUUCACUUCGUCCGCUCAUCCUCCCGCAGAGCAUGCCGUAUCUACGGGUGAAAUGACGACGGCGCCUGGAAACAAGCAAAGCUCAGUGACCCUCGCAUUUCGAGAUAAGCCAGACACAUACAAGAAGAAGAUUAGGAAGAUCCAGGAGUACAUAGCUGCGGGAGAGACGUAUGAGGUCUGCCUCACUACGGAACUCUUAGGUACCAUGAAGUUGACGAAGCUGCCUCCAUUGCAGUUCUACGGUCAGCUCCGUCGGCGGAAUCCUGCACCGUUUGCUGCAUUUCUCCGAUUCGAUGAACAUCCUUCUCUGCAAGCAUCGGGCUCUCGUGGCCUUGAGAGCACGUCUUCUAAACAGCCGGUGAGCCAAAGGCUCCGUGCUCCGUUCUCCGUCUGCUGCUCUAGCCCGGAGCAAUUUCUCAUGAAGGAUGCAGCUGGCUGGCUGGAGACGAAACCGAUAAAGGGCACGAGACCACGCGGAAAGACUCCUGCGCAAGACCGCGAGCUUGCAAACGAUCUUGCUACGAACGAAAAAGAUCUUGUCGAAAACCUUAUGAUAGUCGACCUUCUCCGAAACGACUUAGGAAGAGUUUGCGUUCCCGGAACAGUAUCGGUCCCGCAGCUGAUGGUGGUGGAGAGCUACGCGACAGUUCAUCAGCUGGUAUCAACCAUCCAAGGCAAGCUCAGGGAACCGGAAAUGGACUUCUUCGACGCUGUGAUUGCCGCUUUCCCAGGCGGUUCAAUGACAGGCGCUCCUAAAGAGCGGGCAAUGGAGAUCAUAGAACAGCUGGAAGCCCGCCCAAGAGGAAUUUACAGCGGCGCGAUCGGAUUUUUAUCGAUUACUGGUGAAGCAAGCCUAAACAUCGUCAUUCGGACAGUCGUCUUCAGCGAACCUGACCGCAUCAGUGUCGGCGCGGGCGGAGCUAUUGUCGCUCUGAGUGUUCCCAGCGAAGAGUGGGCAGAGAUGGAACUGAAGGCCAACUCCGUUCUGGGAACGCUUGCUGCAUGUGUGCAAGCAUCGUCGCCUCCCAGCCUCGCCUGA